AGGUGUACGCAUGCGUAGUGGUCGAGCACUCAACAGUGGCCAAGUAGACGUUAGCGGUGCAAAGUACGUGGCAGAAAGCCUUAAACAUGGAGGUUGCCGCUCUGGUUGCAUUGACUUUGUUAUUAGGAGCUCUAGUUAUAAUAGUUGCAUUAGCGGUGGGUAGACGGAAAGAAGAAAUAAGAGAAGAGCUGGAGCAGACAGCAGAGUUUACCGCUGAAAGCAGUACUGCGAAGGCCCCGCAAUCUAAGAAACCGAAGCAAGAAAAGCAACGUAGCCGUAAAGAUAAAGCUUCACAGCACACUUUCAGCCAUCCGCUGUUGGCAUCGUCACUGAAGAGCCACAGUGGGAAUGUGACAUGCCUUGAUUUCAGCAGUAAUGGGAAGUACCUGGCCUCAUGUGCUGACGACCGCACUGUCCGGAUCUGGAGCACCAAGGACUUCCUGGAGCGGGAGCACAAGUGUCUAAGGGCAAACGUGGAGCUGGAUCAUGCCACGCUAGUUCGCUUCAGCCCUGACUCCAGGGCGUUCAUCACCUGGUUGGCCAAUGGAGACUCAAUUAGAAUUUUCAAAAUGAUCAAAAAAGAGGACGGUACGAUGACUUUCAAAGCUGCACCCGAGGACUUCCCUCAGAAACACAAGGCGCCCAUCCUCAACAUCGGCAUAGCAGAGACGGGUAAGUUCAUCAUGAGCGCCUCGACUGACACCACUAUCCACAUCUGGGACCUGAAAGGAGAAAUCCUGGCCUCUAUAAACACCAACCAGAUGACCAAUUCUUAUGCUGCCAUCUCUCCGUGUGGCAGGUUUGUCGCAUCUUGUGGUUUCACUCCUGAUGUGAAGGUGUGGGAGGUUUGCUUCGGGAAGGGAGGAGAGUUCAGAGAGGUGGCCCGAGCUUUUGACCUGAAGGGACACUCUGCAGGAGUUCAUGCGUUUGCCUUUUCCAACGAUUCUCACAGAAUGGUGACGGUCUCCAAAGACGGUACGUGGAAGCUGUGGAACACAGACGUGGAGUACAAGAAGCAGCAGGACCCCUACCUCCUAAAAACCGUCCCCUGUGCCUCGUCUGACGGUAGCCGAGUGGCUUUGUCUCCGGAUGGUCGUGUGGUGGCCAUCAGUGAUGGCUGUAACGUGGCGAUGUACAACGCUGCCAGUGGGGAGCUGGAGGAGGAGCUGCAGGGCGUCCACAGCGAGGAGAUCACCGAUCUUAGAUUUGACAUUAACGGGCGCUUCUUGGUGUCUAGUGGGGACAAAGCCAUCCGGGUAUUUCACAACGCCCCCGGCUACAGAGCGGCCAUUAGAGACAUGCAGGACAUGCUGAAGAAGGCCCAGAAUGAGGCCAUGAAGCAGAGACUGCAGCAGCAGAUAGCAGAGGCUCAGAGCGCUCUGGACACUGUGCUGGUCGGUCCUGUUGACUGAAACACCCAAAGAAGCCAUACUCUGAAUGUGAAAAUGUCUGACACAGACUGCUGAUCGUUUUUGCAACAACAGUUCUCCUUCUGACACUAAAUGAUCUGGUCCGGGAAUCAUGAGAUUUGCAUGCCGUUUUAAUAAAGACAAACGUUUUUAUGCAAAGAAAUAAUGGUUGAAGUUCACACAAUUUUUGUGGUGGUUUUAUAAAUUACUUUUUCUACUUAAGGCUGCUUACACUGAGAAAUACUAUUUUGCAUAUUGUUCCUACACCGGCUUAAAUAUCGCUAACAUGAUGAGGGUUAAUCUGGGUGUGAUAAAUUUUUUAACCUUGGUUCUAACAAGUCAUUGAAUCAGUUGGGAUAAAUAUUGCUGACUGAUUAAAACUGCUUCAUGGCACAGUCUUUAUAUGGUAGAUUUAUAAUCCACUGUUCAUCCACCAGGGAUUAAACUGCUCACAGUAAAGUGGAUUGAGGAUCUAGAUCAAACGUUUGAUUGGUUUUAAUUUCUAAAUGACCUAAAAUAAAAUUCAAUUAAUCCGACUCUUUUCUACAUUUUAAGUUUGAAACAAACGUGGGGUAGUUGUGGUCCAAUGAAAGCCAUCAGUGAAGGCACUUCUAUUCUCGGUUAUGCCCCAAUGCCCUACUGAUGAGUUGCAUACCCUGCCACACUAACUUUAAUUGCUGCUUCAGCCAAAACAGCAUACCCACUUUUUAACAGACCCUGGUGUUUGUGUGAGCUAACCAGGUCGUGAUAACACUGAGACAACCUACCCUACCACAUGGCCCCCCACUGGCCCCCACAACUCAACUGAGGGGCAGCAAGAGCCUAGAUAUCACCGUGAAUGUCAAGUGGGAACUUCCACUCACCGUUGUUUGAUCCAAAAUGAAUAAA